GGCGCCUGCGCGCGGCGGGCACGGGGCGCGUGCGCGCGGCAGGGCACGGCGGGACGCGGCCCGGUCGAGGGGCUGCGGCCGCCCCGGGAGCAGGAGCAGCAGCAGGCGGCGAGGAAUCAGGGAUGCUUUAACUGGAUUUAUCAUUCAUCCUGCAAUGUGCUUAAUGCACCUCUUCACAGAACUUCAUGUCUGAGGUAAAUGGCAGGACAGAAAGCGGUGUGAAAACUUUGAAAGGCACUGAGAAGUCCAAUAUGAUGAAACUGACAUGUAUGCUUUUCUGCCAAAGCUCAAAAGUACCUGCCAGAUCUCAUGUCAGGACUCUGUUUCUGGAUAAAGAAUGCAGACUAUAAAGUGCGUAGUUGUUGGAGAUGGUGCUGUGGGAAAAACUUGUCUUCUCAUCAGCUAUACCACCAACGCUUUCCCAGAAGAGUACAUCCCUACUGUGUUUGACAACUACAGUGCCCAGAUGACUGUUGAUGGCCGGACAGUUAGCCUGAAUCUCUGGGACACUGCAGGCCAGGAGGAGUAUGACCGCCUGCGCACGCUCUCGUAUCCUCAAACCAACGUAUUUGUCAUCUGCUUCUCCAUUGGUAGCCCCUCUUCCUAUGCAAAUGUGAGGCACAAAUGGCAUCCUGAAGUUUCUCACCACUGUCCAAAUGUUCCCAUUCUUUUAGUGGGCACGAAGAGAGACUUGAGAAAUGACCUGGAAACAGUUAAAAAGUUGAAAGAGCAAAGCUUGGCUCCCACUACGCCGCAGCAGGGGACUUCGCUGGCUAAACAAAUUGGAGCAGUCAAAUAUUUGGAGUGCUCGGCAUUGAAUCAGGAGGGUGUUCGGGACGUAUUUGCUGAAGCUGUUCGUGCAGUUCUGUAUCCUGUGACAAAGAAGAACACAAGAAAAUGUGUCUUAUUGUAGUUACCUCGGGUGAUGGAUGUUUGAAGUUGAAUAUUGACUAGAAUCUUGGAGGGCUUUUUAAUGAGUUAAACUGAAGAUUUGCAUCUUGCACUAACAGCUCUAAGCAGAAAUGGUUUAUGCAACGAAUAUUCUUGCAGUCUUAUUGCUUCAGGGAAACAGAAACAGAACAGAUUUUUUUCCAACUGAGAGGUCAAAUAUCUACUUUAUUUCUAAAGUUCCAGUCUCCAGCUUCUCUGGGGAUCACUUGGCUUCUGUCCUAAUUUAGUGUAGGGAAAUAAAAGAAGGGACUUCUUUGAAGCCAGACUUCUUUACUAGAUAGCCAGAUUUGCUGAAAAGCACAAAUUCUGAUAACUUUGCUUUAAGCGUAGCUGCAGCUUUUCCCAUCCCUUAUUUACUGAUUGAAUGGUUUUACAAACAGAAGCCUGGCUGUCCAGUUGUUUUAAUUUGUCAAUUUAAAGCUUGAAAACAAUUUGUUUACAUGCAAAAAUGCCUGAAAUAUUACUGAGAUUCGCCUUACAGUGAACUGUGAUCAUUUAUAUGAAGAGUUAGGAUAAGGCAUGUUUAAUGCAAUGAGCAAGACCCAGGGAACACCUGCAAUGAUUUUAUUAAAAGCAGGAGCUGAUUUCUCCUAAUGAAAGGAACUUAGGAUAAUGACGAAUCACUCAAAUGAGUGAUUUUCUUACUGUUGGAGAGACAGAAGAGUAGUUUAGAUGCAAGUUUUCCAUAAUCUUCUAAACUGAGUUUUUAUUUUGCUCUCCAAAGAGACUUUGCACCCCGAGAGUAAAGUUAACAGUUACCUUCUCGGACUGACUGAGGUAGUUGGGAUGACACUUCUGAAACCGAGAUUUUCAGUGCGAUUCCUCUGAUGAAUCUCAGAGACUUGAUAGCAGCCCAUUUGCUCUUGAGGAAUUCAUGGCUUCGCUUCUUAACGUUAUUGGGGCCACCACCUGAGAUUUUUACGGCAAAUUCCUUUGUUGUUUUUCUGGGAGAACACUGACAGAAAAUUUGGAGGUUCUAGUUACAGGAACCCUGAACUCUUGUUUCUUCCUGGCAACUCACUGAUGGUUUCAGUUAAAUGUGUAAUGGUUAGCGAGUUGCUGGAUAGGUUUACCUGGGCAGUUUUCUCCUCUCUACUAAGUGAUCAGUUACUAUAAACUUUUAAAUGAAGUUCUAUUUACGUACUUUUUAACUUUCUUUAGCGGCUCUAGUGAGUGGCAGCAGGCUUUUAUUUUCAGGUUGUGCACUGUUCUUUUUGUGUGAUUCGGGACCAGCUGAGGAGUGAGCGCAUGAAACCUUCCCUAGACGUAACCUUACAGCUUGGUGGUCUGAAAGCAGCAUGCUUCAAAGAUACUUUGUGUGAAACCAGUGGUGCUGGACUGGGCUUUGUUGUCUGAAGUUGACAGUGCUGUCUUUGUCCCGAUGCAGCCUCAACUGGUAAUGCAGAACUUACUUUCUUGUGAUUCCCACACAUGCAUAACUGUACUGGUGUCUACCCUGGACAGAAAAGAGAGUAGUUUUAGUAAGAUAAUAGAAAAUACAUCAACAGGGUUAUUAGGGAUAUUGUGUUAAUUUGACCUUGCUUUAGGUGAUAUUGUGGGUAGAAACAUUCAUAUUUGUGCCCUAAUUCCCCUCUUUGAAGAGGAUGUGCCUUCCUUCAGCUGGUGUAACUGAUGCUGACACUAACUGCAAUUUUUGUAUAGCUGAGGUAUGCUCAUGCUGGUACUGCUUUAGCAAACUGCAACCUGUAGAUUAUAAACUGCAGUUAGUCCAAAUACUGGUAUAUGUGGCUAGUGAACCAACACCAAGUUCCAAACAUUGCCUGAUUGCAGACAACGCCAAAACACCCGUAUGCGUGAUGUUUGCAGAAGCUUAGAGACUCCGCAUAUUUUUCUUCACCAAGUGCCGUUGCCUGGAGUGUCUUUGCGUCUUUGGCACUCAUAGAAGUACUGUUCCAGAUGUGGCUCCUGCCUCGGUGCCCUGCGCUGGGAGGGUCUAGGAGUAUUUCAGUGAGGUAAACUCUCUACUCGCCAUCUUCUGCCUUUACUUUAGCAGUAGGCCUUUAAUAUGGGCUUGACUUGCAGACAGCUAUUAACUCCGUGCCUUGUAAUUCAAGAUUAUUUUCUGUAGGUAAAUUUCAGUAACUGAGUAAAUAGUUUAUCAUGUUUAAAAUGUAUUUAUUUAAGCCAGUGCACAUGUUUGUUUGUUUUGGGUUUUUUUAAUGUUGGUCAGGCACAAAUCAACUGUCUAGUUACCCUGGUGCAAGCCCAUAAUCUUUGCUUCAUUCAGAGAUGUACUUCAAAAAGUUUGUGAUACAUUUGAACUGCUCUUAAACAGACUUUUAAUUUCAACAACAGGCACCUCUUGUUUUGCUACGUAUAUUUGCAAUUUUGUACUGAAGCUACUACUGUUUUUAAAAGUUUUUACUUUUUUACAUACUGAAAUCUUUUAGUUCUGCAUCUUUUGUGGUUAUUCCCAACUGGAUUACAGUAAUUUUGUGGAGAAGAAAUCCUGUGAGCGAGUAUUAUUGCACACCCCCCACCCAUUUCUGUAGGCUAACAGAGCAGCCAUCCUGGUCUUAACUGGAAGGGAGUAUGGCGAGAUAAAAUUCAACUACUUAAUCAGUUUAUUUGAAUUUAUUACAUUAUGCUAGAACACUUUUAUCCCAAUGUAGAUUACUUAACAAAUGGAUUGCACAACAGUACUGAGGAGAACAACAUGAUAACGAUGAAAAUGAGCAGAAAGUGGACUUUGAACACUGUCAAAAACUUCUGACUGACUUUGGAGUACCUCGUUAAUAGUCAUUUAGGUGCCUUCUAUUUCUGUUGCUUUCUGCGAGGAGCAAAAGUCCUGCCAGCUGGUUUCCUCUGCUUUUCACAGGAAUGAACUUCAGGAGCACAUGGAUCCGACGAGCUUUUCCCUUCAGUGGGCAUUCUCAGUGUGUGAUCUUCCCUCCUUCCCCACCCUACAAUUCUUGGUGCAUUUUAUUGUAAGGAAAUCCAGUGCUUCAGUCUACAAUCCAUUCCCUUCCUCCCACACCUUUGCGUGGGCAGGUAACAAAUACAGACUUCACACAAUCCCAGGGCUGGAUUUUGUCUGGUUUUGGGAGACCAGAAAACCCAGGUUAAGCUGUCUGGGUUUCCCGAACUGUUCCAGAUCCUUCAGUUUGUUACCGAAUAGAAACACAGUGUGUAUGUCUUAAUUCACAAAAGAGACCUCUAUGGAGAGACCGAUUUUAAUCUUUCAGUUUGUGAAUGAUUUCUGGAGUACUUCAAUGGUGGUUCUUCCCCCCCCCCCCCCCCCAAAUAUAAUUGAAGCCAUCUGCAGGGAGCUCAGCAGGAAUUCAGGAAUUCUGUGUCCAAAGGAUGUUACAAGGCGUGCUUAGAUGUGGAAGUGCCUUCUCUGGUUCAUGGCUGUAGCUCUGUCUAUGAAAUGUUAAAUGUGAGGAGCCUGCCCCGUCUCCCAGCGUGGGGGGAGCUGGGGGUCCCGACUCCCGGCUCUUCAGUGUGGUACUGAUACAUACACUGGCAACUUGAUUUUUAUACUAUAAAAGAAUUUGUAUUAUGGCUAAUGGUUUUAAAGGAUUUUUUUUUUUAAAUUAAGUGGAAUUUAAUUGUAAUAAACCUUUCCUCAUCUCUCUGACUCAUAAUAACUCACCCCGCUGUUUGUAACGCGCGCGUUCUAACCUUCGUUCUUUCCUGUGGAAAGUCAGACCCCCUUUUUCUGACCUGCAAUAAACGAGUUUUCGGUGAA